UUUAGCAUAAAUAUGGAACAUUCAAACCAAUCAUGUAUUUCUGAAUUCUUUCUCAUUGGACUGACUUAUGCUCCAGACUUUGAGUCAAUUAUUUUCACCUUGUUCCUGUCUAUGUAUUUUGUUACUAUCUUUGGAAACAUUCUCAUUAUCCUGGCUGUAAGCUUUGACUCCCACCUCCAUACUCCAAUGUACUUCUUCAUCGCCAGUCUGUCCUUUACUGACAUCUGUAUAAGCACAACAAUAAUUCCAAAGUUGCUAGUGAACAUUCAAACACAGGAUCAAAGCAUCAGCUACACAGGUUGCCUGUCACAGGUUUGUUUUGUUUUGAUUUUUGGUGGCUUAGAAAGCUGUCUCCUCGCUGUCAUGGCCUAUGACCGCUAUGUGGCCAUAGGUCAUCCGCUGAGGUACACAGUUAUCAUGAAACCUUUCCUCUGUGUGUUACUAGUUUUUCUAUCACUGUUGAUCAGUACCAUGAAUGCACUACUGCAUAGUCUGAUGUUGCUAAAUCUGACUUUCUGCACAGACCAGAAUAUCCUCCACUUCUUCUGUGAACUCGUUCAAGUCAUUAAACUUGCCUGCUCUGAUACUUUCAUCAAUACCCUUCUUAUAUAUACAGUUACUAGUGUGUUCGCCGGUGUUCCUCUUUCUGGGAUUAUUUUCUCUUAUAUUGAAAUUGUGUCCUCCAUUCUUAAGAUCUCAUCGGUCCAGGGACAGAAGAAAGCAUUUUCUACCUGUGGCUCUCAUCUCACAGUAGUGUGCUUAUUCUAUGGAACAGCAUUUGGAGUAUAUAUGAAUUCUGCUGUUUCUGAAUCUUCUUUAAAGAAUGUAAUCUUUUCUAUGAUGUACAUUGUGGUCCCUCAAAUAUUAAACCCUUUUAUAUACAGUUUGAGGAAUAGAGAAGUCAAGCAAGCCAUAAGGCACCUCAUCUUUUCUGUAGUCUUAUAAUCUCCAUGAGUUGAGUUUACAGAAACAUGUAGAAAUAGAAAACCUCUGGUGAGCUAGCAUAACUAAUUCCUUCAUCAUUAAGUGCUUCAAAAAUGACUGAUCAUAAAUUGUUUUAGCACAUUUCUAUGUGGUUAUUAAGUAUGGUAGUGGUUAUUAUCUUCAAGUAUUGUGAUGUUACACAAAAUUUAAUUCAUUAUUCAUUUCAUUUCUGUGACUUCUCUGAG